AUGGUCUCAACACCCGAGUCUUUAGGUGAACCACCCGGUGUGGUGUACAGGUCCAUCGACCAGGACUGGUACGUUGGGGAUAGGGGCGUGUUGAGACGGGCAUUUGUCGAAAGAGUUUACCUCCUGGAUUUUGAGGUUGAGGAUAUCUACAAGCUUAUGCCCUUGAUCAAGUGGCUGUCUAUUGACAACAAAAUUUUGAGUUCAGCGGUACAACAGCGGACAACUUACCUAGGAUCACCUGUAUACAACCGCGGCUGGUCCAAUGACAUCCAGAAGAAAGCGAGAUGCAUCGCUCUUCUCGGCAUCAAUACAGACAUGACGCUGCCUCAUCUCGAGGUGUUGCUCGCCUCGGGGUUGAGCGUGGAGAGGACCAUCGGAGGCAUACGCGGCAAAACGGAGGCCGGACAUGUCUCCAUCACGGAAAGCAAAGACUCGGUCAAAAUCGUCGUCCUAGAGGACCCCUUCAAGAAUAGCAGUCCACGAGUUGAUAAGGAGCUCGUAGACUUCUUCAUUCGCCUGUGUGCCAUCGAGGACGUCAGCCGUGUCUCGCUCGUCUCGCUCAUCUUGAAAGCCAGCUUUGGCGAUGUGCGAGAUCUUUUAGAGGGAGCAAAUAUUCGAGCUUCCACUGAAGUUCUCGACUUCUGCGUCGAUGAGGCUGAGCAGCAUGCUGCUGCCGAAGAUGGAGAGAUUACAGGUUUGAACGCCGCAGCGAGAGGUGUAUUCAAACAGCUAAGUAUUGGGGUGCCGCGUUUGCUGUCGCAUGCGACUGAUCAUGGCCCUCGGAUCUUCACAUCUGCUCAACAAGACUUGCCUAGCAGGUUCAGGGAGAUUGGACUCAAGGCCGAGAUACACGUCAACAAUUUCUUUCAACAACAUCUUCCUGACUGGAAGCCCGAGAAGCAUUGGACAAGUCAUCUCCGGGAAGAGAGGGGCUAUUCCGUGUUCCUUGGCGACGAAUCAGCUACAGCAGACUUCAGUUACACUGAUACGGAGGGGAAGAUACUCCAGGCCAUUGGAGUCGUUCGCGAAUCGUGGUCUUCGCACACGAUCACUUAUCACAUCGAGGUCAAGGGAACGGUCUGUGGAUUCGAAGAACCGUUCCACUUCAGCCAGAACCAAAUGAAUUUGGCCCGGAAGUACGCUUUCAAGCAUGGCAAGAUACCAUCAGACGUCUUUCUCAUCGGUCGUGUGUACAAUGUGGAGAAGGAGAAGCCAGGUCUGAAAUUCUACUGGAAUCCGUGGGAGAUGAUCAACAAAGGCUCGCUCGUCAUGACAGUUAAUGAUGGGUACCGCAUCGCUCCUGGCAAUACAGCAGCAACAUGCAAAUCAGCUUGA